CGCGCGGCUGCGGCGUGUUCUCCUUCUCCUCCUCCUUCUCCUCCCCCUCCUCCCUCUCUUCUUCUUCUUCUCUUUGGAAUAUGAGAGCCUCGACCACCCAGGGGAGUUUACGGAUCACAGGACCGGAGGUGCAGAGCCCGGCACAGUCAACAGGGCCGGAGAAUGGGGUGAUGAGGACUCUCCUCUGCUGACAUCAGUGCAGACAACCAGUGAUGGCCACAGUAUCAUCUCAAAAUUUGUUGGAUGACAUAAGAAACACAGAACAACAAGAGGAAAAACAGCAGCAGGAAUUCCUGAGCUCAGUGGAGAAGAUAGUUCUCACCAUCUUUCUGUCCAUCAUCAUUAUCAUGACAGUAUUUGGGAAUCUGCUGGUCAUGGUUGCCCUCUGCAAGGACAGACAUCUACGGAAAAAGAAGACCAAUUACUUUAUUGUGUCUUUGGCUUUUGCUGACCUGUUGGUUGCGGUGGUCGUGAUGCCCUUCGCUGCGAUUGAGUUGACCACCGGCCAGUGGAGGUACGGAGCCAUCUUCUGCCUGGUUCGAACAUCUCUGGAUGUCCUGUUAACUACAGCAUCCAUUCUGCACCUCUGCUGCAUUGCACUGGAUAGGUAUUACGCUAUCUGCUGCCAGCCACUGGUCUACAGACAUAAGAUGACCCCAGUCAGAGUGGCUGUGAUGCUGGGCGGCUGCUGGCUAAUCCCUACUUUCAUCUCGUUCCUACCCAUCAUGCAAAGCUGGAACGCCAUCGGCAUCGAGGACAUUAUUGAAGAGAGACGAGCUUUGACGGGAGGCUCCAACGACACAAGUUGUGUAUUUCUGGUCAAUCGGCCGUACGCUCUGGUCUGCUCUGCGGUGGCCUUCUACGUCCCGUUGGCCCUCAUGAUACUGGCCUACCAGCGUAUUUACGUCACCGCCAUGACCCACGUGCGCCAGAUUGAGACUCUGCAGCGCGCCGGCUCUGCUCCCGUGACCGGGACGGCUCCCAUCAUCACAGUGAGGUCGUCCACUUCUUCAGAUCCACUGGAGCACUACCGCCUGAGGACGACAACAGGCUCCGGCUCCACAGACCAUGUUCCCAUCACAAACAGCCGCAUGCGCAUAGAAACCAAGGCAGCAAAGACACUUGCGGUCAUAAUGGGCUGUUUCUGUCUAUGCUGGGCUCCAUUCUUCAUCACCAACGUGGUAGACCCCUUCAUCCACUACUCAGUGCCCUGGCAGCUUUGGACAGCCUGGCUGUGGCUCGGGUACAUUAACUCAGGGCUGAACCCCUUCCUGUACGCCUUCCUGAACAGAGCGUUUCGGAGAGCUUUUUUGGUCAUUCUCUGCUGCGGGAAUGAGAGAUACACCCGACAGGCCAGCUGCUCCUACGGACACACCCACAGAGCAUGCUCAGCAGCAUCAGUCAACGGAACAUCUAUGGCACUGAGAUUAUCCUUCCUCCCAAACCGGAGCUACAGCGACAACGGACGGACGAUACUGGCUAACGAGCAGGAGUCACAGGACUCUCUUGGGACACUAUGAGGACAGUUCUGGGUCUGUAAUGUUUUUGGUGACAGAGUUGAUGAACAUUUAGUUGGCUUUGGGAUGGACUCCUCAGCCUCAGUGAUCUCCACAAUCUGCUGUGAACUGACUGACUGAAUAACUGGGCUGUUUUUCAACACAUCGUCUAACUUUCACAUUUACUCUAUGACCCAGUAUCAUCAUUUUAUAUGACUUCUUCAACGUGUAUCUGUGUUGAUGCCAUCAUGAGCGACCACACUGUUAAAAUGGACUAGUGGCUGUUCAUCAGUCAAGUGCAGAAAGUCAGACUUUUCUCCUGUGGACUCAAAUGAAGCCUUUUGUCUCUUUGUGUUAAUAUACAAUGUGUUUCCAGUUCUGCUCUCAUCUUUUCCCCCAAACAGUUUUUUUAAUACAGUGUCUGAAUCUAAGGGUGUUAGGAUUAAGUCACCAGUUUUACAUUUCAUUUCAUUCUUCUGGUGAUUCUGCAGGACUGCAACGCAGAUCUCAGUAAAUGAGUCAAACUCCAAUUUAGCUUUUUAAACCCUUCCUUGACAUUUCAUUGUAUUUUAUAAUGAGUAUCAUUUGGUGCAACAGAGGAUAUAAAAGAGCUAUAUGUGCAGCUGUUACAAAGGUAACUGAAUGUUCAGCUCCACCGCUGGAGUCGAACACCACUUUGCCUGCUUAACAUUUUACCAGCACUGAUUGUAUUUACCAGGACUCUACAGCAAAGACAGCACUCCAACACUGUUGGAUAAAACAACAAACCAACUCUCUUUUCCCCAUUCUCAAUAUUUAUAUUCAGUUUUGUAUUUGCUGUAAGCAAAACUAGCUGAAAAACAGGAUGUGGAUGCAGUUAUGUAUUAGGUUUUUGUACAGCCGUGUGCAGCUUGUGAUAAAAAUCAUGAUAAAAAUAAAAAUCUUUGUGGCAGAAAUGUACUGUUGCACUUAUCUGUCUGAGCUGAACCAUUUUAAUCUGAUGCGUUUCUGACCAAACAGUGUCAUGUGGCAUUUUUUGUGCAUUUCAUUGUUUUGUUUUUGUUUUUUUACCCAUAUUUAUUUACUCUUUACGGACAUCUAAAAGAAGGAGGCACUAAAGGCACUGUACACCAUCAAACAACAGCUUUCCAUGGUUUCAGUAAACUCCAUCUUCAGAAUCAAUGCUCAAAAUUAAUGCUGUGUUCUUUUUUUGCCCAUUGCCAUCUAUUUCAUGGUUAUUGUGUGUGACAGAGAUGGUAAAUAAACAGUUUGACCUUG